AUGACGUCCGCGCCGCGCUGGACGUGGCUCGACGCCUCUCGCCUCGCGUCCACGCCGAACCCGUACGCCGUCGGCGGCGUUGCGGCGCUCAUUGUCGUGGCUCUUGUGCUGGGCGUGCUCUUUGUCUGGGUCGCGUCCCGUCAAGUGCGACCACGGAAGAAGACACUGCCGCCGGCCAGCACCAGGACGUUCGAAACGCUCCGACCGCCGCCGUCGCCCACGUCCAAGCGCCUGCGACACGCGUCCAGACAGCACUCGAAAUCGUUCUCCGAUCUGAUCCAAGUCGAGCGCGAGCGGCUGCAGGAGAUCCGCCAGCUGGAACUGGACGACCACAUGACGUUCCCGCCGCAAUUGCGGCAGAGCUGCGGCCCUGAGACGCUCAAGAGCAUUUACGAGACACUGUCCAAGGUGUUUUCGUUUCUAAGAGGGGAGUUCGUCGCUCCGUUGGCUCGGGAGCUCUGUAUCGUGCGCUUCGCCAAGCACGAGUCGAUCUUCCGGCCACAGGAGCUCGAUGGCUCGAUUCUGCUCAUUGUUAAUGGCUCUGCAACGCUGACGAUCCAUGAAGAAGAAGAAGAAGAAGAGAGGGGAGAGACGGGGUUCUCCAAGGUGCUGGGACGAGGGGAGACGCUCACGUCGUCGCUGCAGUUGCUGACUGUGUUGGUGAACGAGUUGCAGCACGGUGAGUGCCAAACACAAGUGCAGAAAGUGUGUGGAAGGCUGUCUGCACGUGCGGGCGAGCACGGGACGAGGCUGGUGAAGAUCCCGCCAUAUGCGAUCAAGCAGGUGCUGGACACGUACCCGGAAGCGUUCUAUCGACUGGCGCAAGCAGCGCUGAGUCAAGUGGAAAAGAUCACGGCCAAGUCGUUGAUUGAUCACUUUGGCUUGGCGUCGAAAAUUAUCCAUGCGACGCCGCUCGUGCAGGUGCUGCCUCUUGUGGUGGAUGGAAAAGAUGAGGUGGUCAUUGACACGAUUGUACAUGACGUUGCUGACGCAAUCGGGUUGAUGGAUCUGGAGCUGCGAGCAACGCUCGCUAGCAGCGUGCAAGUGAUUAGGCGUUUGAAGGACGAGAUGAUCCGGGAAGCUGGGGAUUCGUCGAGUGCGCUGGGCGUGCAUAUUGUAUUGGAUGGAGCAGUUAGUGUGCAAGUGGCAACAGCCCCGAAGACGUUCGUGGAGCUGUACAAGGCUACGAGAGGGAGUGAAAUCGGUAUUUCCACGUGCUUUGUUGGCUCGCAUUUCGUUGCGACUCGCAAUGUGUGUCUUGAAGACACCACGUUGCUGUGCAUUCCCGACGCACUAUUCUGUAGUCUACUGCAGAUCAACUCGGUUGCGGUCAAAUGCACGCGCCAUCUGAUUGAGCAGUACUCUGGCCUCGUGUGUGUUGCCGACACAUCAUUCGAAUGGCUGCAUCUUCACAGCGGUGAGAGUUUGUUUGAUCGUGGAGACGUGUGCGAUUCGGUGUUUACAGUCAUCAGCGGUCGCCUUCGUGCCGUGCAGACGCUAUCUCAUCGUGGCAAAGAGUUGGAGACGACGAAUGAUCUUGUUCGCGGCGCUACUCUUGGAGCGAUGGAUAUGCUUUCGGCUGGACCUAGCAAUUCUUCAGUGUUUGCAGUCCGUGAUUCGCAAAUCUCGCAGAUGUCUCGUAACGUGUUCGAUUAUGUUGUGAGCAAGUACCCUUCCGUCUUAAUUCACUUCACGAAGAACUUGGCGCGUCGUAUGCCAACUCCUCGAGUGAAUUCCCGUAAGGCUGAUGCCAGUAGCGUCAAGACCCGCAGUAACUAUCUGCUUUCGCUUGGAUCGGGUCCCUCCUCCACGGGCGGACAAAAGAUGGGCAGCAAUUUGCCAAUUAGUACCAUUGCCGUCCUCUCUUUGACGAAGAUGACGAAGAUUCAGACCUUUUGCUCGCAUUUGGAAAUGUCACUGAAAACUAUAGCCUCGGUGGAAACAGUGUCUUCACAAAAAGCCAAAGCUUUUCUGGGCGACCAAUGGAUUGAUAAUUCCCGCGUUGCACGUGCAAAUCUCGUAGCCUGGAUGGGUGACAUUGAGAGCUCAAAUGAACUGGUCAUUUACGAAGCUGACCCUCAGUUGACAGCUUGGACGAAGCUCUGUAUCCGCCAGGCAGACCAUAUCUUGCUGCUCUGCUCCGAUGCACACCCACAGCAGGCGUUUGUGAGUGACAUGGUGUUGAUUUUAGAGGGUGCGUGGGACAGACGAGAUGCCAAGAUAAACGUUGUUCGUAUUCGUGAAAAGGACUGGACGCUGGCGGCAUUGAAAGCGGCUGCUAUACAAGAGGCUAAUGGAUCUUCGCGUUCCUACGCGUUGAAACGAAAACUGUGUUUGCAGAUGGACAGUCCACUACUGCCGCGCUUCAUUCUUCCUAUGGAGAAGUACGAGUGGAUCUGCGGUUACCAUAAUGUACAAAUUCCGUUUGAGGAGCAUUCCUCGGACUUUAUGCGUCUGAGUCGUCGAAUUACUGGAAAUGCUGUUGGCAUAGUGCUUGGUGGUGGCGGCGCGCGAGGCCUUGCACACAUAGGCGUGCUUCGGGCGCUCGAAGAGUGCGGUAUCCAUGUAGAUGUGGUUGGCGGUACCAGCAUCGGCGCGUUCAUUGGCGGCAUCUUUGCGCUCCACCCAAACAAUUUAAGCUUGGUUGAGGUUAAGGUACGGCAGCUAUCAGCUGGAUUGAGCAGCAUCUUCGAGAAGCUGUGCGACCUCACUCUUCCGAUCUCGUCCUUUUUUAAUGGCACGCGUUUCAACAGAAGUAUCCGAGCGCACUUUUAUGACCUCUCGAUCGAGGAUUUGAUGCUGAAUUACUUUUGCGUGUCCACGGAUAUCGCGAAAUCACGUAUGAGUGUACACCGCAGCGGCCCGGUGUGGAAAUACGUGCGCGCAUCGAUGAGUUUACAAGGCUACUUUCCUCCGAUUUCGGAGAAUGGCUCCUUGCUUUUGGACGGCGGGUAUAUGAACAACCUUCCUGCCGACGUCAUGAAAGAGGAAGGCGGUAUCAAGUACAUUUUCGCAGUGGACGUGGCCAGUGAAACCCGCACUCUGUUUUAUGAAUACGGCAGUGCGCUGUCAGGAUGGUGGCUGCUGUGGAAUAAGCUAAACCCAUUUGCAGGAACUGUGGUCGUGCCUUCCAUGGGCGACAUAUCAGCAGCGUUGGCUUACGUUUCAUCGGAACAACAUAAGGAACGUGUCAAGGAGGAAUGCAUUGAUCUCUAUUUACGUCCACCGGUCAAGGAUUACGGCACUUUGGAGUUUAACAAGAUGGAAGAGAUUAUUGAAGUUGGCUACAAGUACGCGCUGCCCCGAAUACAAGCAUGGACAGCUCGGGUGCUGGACGCUGAGCCUGAUGCCGACAUUAAGCGAACGAAGCAAGCGGCGACGCCAUCAUCGACCUUGUCGAAGCUGAGCUACGCUACGUGA